AGUCUCUAUUUACCUCUGUGUUAAUCCUCUCCCCUCUCACAUCCCCCCUACUCCCUUUCCUCUCGCACGCGCUCUCUCUCUCUCUCUCUCUGUCUGUCUCUCUCUCACUCCUCCCCUCUCUCCUCUCAAAGCCAGCAGGCUGCUAUUUGAUCCAGACUGCUUGUUACAUGAUCUCCUGGAAUACAACAACGCUCCCUCGCUGCACGAUGGCUUUUUGGGAUGUUCUCGCUCUGAGGUGCAGGGAGCACGAGAGGAUGACAGAUCCACGCUGAACCUCCAUCGUCUGACCUUUCCUUCCCCUUCCCUUCCUCAGAUCUGAACCCGUCUUUUUCGUCUGUCUCCUCAUCAUCCCUCUCAGGACCCCCUCACCCCUUGUCUCCUGUCGCCCCCUCGACAAUGUUACCAUGCAUUAACUGGCUGCAGCCUCUCCUCGCCUUGAUCUCCUCUGCCUUGCUAACUCGAGCCAACAACUGUCCAUCCAGCUGUUUGUGUCCGGAUCACCACACCGUGGACUGCACCGGUCAAGGUCUAACCAGAGUCCCAGACUCCAUCCCUCUGGAUGUCCGCCGCCUCCUGCUCUCCAACAACUGGAUUCCCUGGAUCCCCUCAGACUUUCUGGUCCUCUACAGUGAUCUGGUCUACCUGGACCUGAGGAAUAACACCCUCUCUCAGCUGGAGCCAGGGACCCUGACCACCUCUUCCAGAUUGGUCUUCCUGGACCUCGGGAGCAACAACCUGACAGAAAUCCCCUCUGGAACGUUUGGGGAGUCCAGGAGUCUGAUAAAACUGCGACUGGGUAACAACCCCUACCUAACCAUGGUGGACAGGGACGCUUUCACAGGGCUGACCUCUCUGAGGGAGCUGGAGCUGGAGAGGAACGGUCUCACAGAGCUGGAUGUCAGUGUCCUGGAGUCCCUGCCCUCCCUCCGGGUGCUGCGUCUGGAGGGGAACCCCUGGCUCUGCAACUGCCAGUUUGCCAAACUGUUUGUAUGGCUGACAGAGAACCGUCACAAGCUCCCAAAGGGUAAGAUAUAAGCUGCUUAGAGAACUAACACGCAGUCUUUCUCCCACGCUAGAGCAAGGGAAAUCAAAUCAUUUCCAAAGAGUCAUUUAAUCUCAACACUUCACCCAGCUGCCGAAAUUAGAACAAAGGGAAUACAUUCGUAAAAACAACACAACAUGUGACUGCAAGCUCGUCUCCAUCUUUGUGUGCUGAGGUAGAAAAACACCGUCUCCGGUGCACUAUUUGUUGGUCCAAAAUGGUGAAUAGGGAGACACUUACAUCUCCUGUUGUUUGCUUGAGGUGGCAUUUUUGGGAAUCACCAAAAUCUCAUUAUGGACGACACAAAGCUACUGUGAAAAUGAAGGUGUUUGUAUAAACAUUGAUGCCAUUUUCUCAGCAGGGUGAAGCAGAUUUACAAGAGUGAGAAUGUUUUUCAGGCUAUCUGAAACAUCAUAUACAUGAGGUUGCACACAAGAUUCAAAUCCUGCAUCACAUGUCAAAGAUUUCCCCUGAUAAAUGCAGAAACACCUAUAGGAGUGCUUUAUUUUCUCCAGACUGAAACAUGGAAAGGUCUACAUUGUUGACAUCAAGCUUUGCACAGGUAGACCUGCAGCUGCUAAUGCUGGGACAUGUUUUCUUUCAAUAUUUUUGAUGACUUUGCAGCCCUUAGAUAACCCAGCACAUAAUCUUUACAGCUUUUAUAAUAUGACACUUUGACAGUGAACAGGGCAGAGGCGUGUAGUGUUAGAGAAAGCUGGUUUGAUGAAAACAUUGCCAAAAAAGGCUCUUAAUAGACUCAAAUCAUGCAUGCAACAAGUAAACCCAAUAACUAGAUAAGAGCUUCAGAACUGUUAAAGUCCAAAAAUGAUGAAACACAUUGGGAUUUUCUUUUACAACAUAUAUCUAAAUAAAGAUGCCAUGAGUGCAAAACAGUCUCCCGCUGAGCUGGUGCAAGCAUAGGUAGUUCUUGCAAUUCCUGUGCAAGAAGCAGCAUCUUUGUGUUGUCUUUUUUUCCCCUCCUCUCUAAGCUGAAAUAGAAGCUUUCGCUGCUGAAGUUCUUAGCAGGAUGCAACUCUUUUUCAUCUUGAUGUUUUGCUUUCUUUUGCUCAAAAACUCAAACUCAUGGGAUUAUCUCCACAAAGUAAAUGCUGUUCAUUGACCAUCAUCUUACUCAAGCACCAGUUGAAUUUGCCAGUUAUGCAUGCAUACUGACACAGAUGGAGGUUUGCCUUCAGAUAGUAUGCAGCCGUAAACAGAAACAGAAAUGGUGCAAAUGCUUCAAGGCUUUUCGUUUUUGCAAUGGCAAAAGAAAAAUAUGACCCUUUCUAGGUAAUUUCAAUGAAAAAGUAACUAAUAGAUCACUUUAAUUUCAGAAGCAAAGCAUCUUGUUGCCCUUUAAAGCGUAAAAGUAAUUGGAGUACUCUGGCGGAGUACUUUGUUAUCCCCAACACUAACAUUAAGUGCUGAUGAGAAGCACUCUAAAAAGUAAUGUUAUGAGUGCUGUCCUAGCUAAAAAAAGAGUCCAUCAGGUCCUGAUCAGGAUUACUUGACUGAUUCCCAUCAUAGUCACCUGUCUUAGCUCUUUUUUACUCUUCAAUCACACCGACUCUCUCCUGUACGGUGAAAGCAUUACAGUGGUAAAGAUAUGUUCUCAGCUGGGCUCUGGUGUCACUUGAGGUUAAAUAACAAGAGAAAAGUACAACACAGCCUACAUCCUGUAAACACAAUCCUCUGUUUACACCUGCCAGGUCACAGCUGAAGGAGCUGCAUGGCCCAUUCAGAACUGGAGCACAUCUGAUGCUGUGACACCACAACACUGACACUACCGUAGCCAAAAACGGAACUCUCUCUCAUGCAUUAAGACACACACACCUAUGCACACAAUAUGUUGACAAUAAGUGGCUGUAAGAUUUAGGUGAGCUUAAACAAACUCAGAAAUGUCUCUAUCACUCACUGAUUCACAGCUGUUACGUCCAUGCAGAAAUGAUUUGUGUGCUUGUUUUUAUCAUGAGUCAUGUUUUUUGUUCCCCUUUGUAGUUUCAGUCUAGCUUUGUUCAAUAAAAAGUAAACAUUUUUAGUCAUAACUAUUCAUCAAAAUGUUUAUCUUCUUUAAAAGAAUUCUGUAAAUUAUAAUCUUUAGAAACUACCAUCAGGGUGGUAGCAAGUACUUAAAUCUGUGGUGUUCCACUCUUUAACACCUAACACAUAAAUGAGUUAGAAUCCAGACUUGAGGAUCCAAAACGCAGUUCAGUCCAAGACAACUUGAGGCCAAGACAAAAACAAGUCCCAUGCGAAUCAGACACUGCAUGACUGGUUUAAAAUAACUGAUGGUGCAAUGUGAUCAAGGUAAAUAUACUUUAUUAUUAUUCUUUUUCCUGGCCUUCUGAACAAAUUAUGGGCAGUGUUUUGUAGCAUGCAUCAAUCAUUUUUGUUCUAUCUUUAGCAAACCUUGAGACACUUGACGUACCUCAGCAAAAAAUCAAUCUUUCAACACACUGGUAAUCAUGUGCUGAUGAUAAACUUGGAGUAACAGUUCAACUUUCAAGUUCAAUGUUGUGCCAAAAGUUUCACAUAUUCUUGUUACUCUGACUGUUCUUUACAGGGUGGUGUUGAUAGUCUGGAGGGCAGGUGUGCUGGCUUCUGUUCAGUUCCUCAUAGGUGCUAGUGGUCCUAAGUGUCAUGGGGAGAGAGGAAACAUUUCAUACAAGACACCUCAGACAAAUUUGUUACUGUUAGUCCAAUUAUGUUUGAAAAUUAAAAUGUUUUGCAUCCAGUUUUUCUCAUCAUGAUACAUUUGGCAAAAUGCACAGUGAUUUAUGAUUAUGUUAAUGAUGAUGAUGAUGAUGAUGAUGAUGAUGAUGAGGGCAAUGGAGACCCUCAAAACAUGGUCUGCACAGCCUCUAUCUGGACUGGUUUUGUUCUUCUGUGUGUUCUUAUCAGUGUGCUUAAUUUGCAUGCAUUUAUCUGCACCUGAAUUCACACAUCUGCACAUUUCAUUACAUGUCCAUUCCUGCACCUGCACAUGAGUUUGCUGGCAUGUUGUAUGUCAGUGUGUACGUGGUGUCCAUAUGAAUAAGCAUGUGUGCCCUUGUAGGUGUGUCCCUGCAUGUCUCUUUGUUCACGCAUUAUGCAUGUUUUUAGUGAUUGUAGUUUCAAUUUUGUUGGUGUUGUCUCAUCAGUGUGUGUUGCUAUGUGUGUGUGUAUGAGGGGGUGUGUGCCUGUAUGUCAUCUCUUGCAUGUCUGUGUGAGCAUGUGUGAGUCUGUCUGCCUGUUAUAGCUCCACGUGACUGGAAUAUCACCAAGCAAUGAGGUCACCAAGUCCCUUUUCAUGUGGAAAACCCCUUCUGGUCGUACAGUGACUCACACACACACACACACACACACACACGCACGCACGCACGCACGCACGCACGCACGCACGCACGCACGCACGCACGCACGCACGCACGCACACACACACACACACACACACACACGUAUGUUUGACAAUGAUGUCUAGUGACUCUUGGGUACAGCAGAGCUUCAGAAGAGUCAGGAUGAAAUGUUGGUGCAUGUCUGAACACAGAAGACAGGAUGUUUUCGAGGUGCUAGCAUACAUCAGGACAGAGAAUACGUCACUCAGUUUUUUAAUUCUUGGUUUGGUCAAACAAUGUGCAAGGAUGUUGUCUGCAGAGAAGGUAAUAAAUUCACUAACAGAUUCAGUGAUCAUGUUCACUCCUGGGGUUAAACACUCAUAGAACAUCUAGGCCUGCAGCAUAAAUGUGGUUCAGACUAGACCUGGAUUUCUGUCGGUUUGUAAGUGAUAAAAGCUGGACAAUGAAACCUGCACUGGGUGUUUCUAUGGUAGGGAUAGAAAUCAAUAAUAUUUGACUGGAUGUUGCAGGGACACAGAGUUAAUUGAUGGAAAGCUGCCGGUCUCACGAAGGGAGUGGAUUUUACUGUCAAUUUCAAAGCUGAUAUUGUGAACACGCCAAUAUUCAGUGUGUAUAACAGUGUUUUUGACCGCUCCAGUCUCCUGUCCGAUGUGGCUACUACCUUGGUUGUCAUUCAUGCUGACUGCCUCUCACACUGCGUUACGUUAAACAAAGUGAACCAUUAGGCAUUAAGCAAAUGAUAUUGAUGGCUCCGAUAAGUGAUUACCAGUUCUUAUCCGCAACAUGAUUUUGAUUCCUGGCCCAACACUGCAAAAAGCUGUACACAUUGACAGCAGGGACCAGUAUGUUAAUCAAGGCUUGUGUGAUUUAAGAGGAUGUUUCCAAUGUGAUAUGGGAGCACUGUUUGAGUAAAGCUUUGAUGCAUUUAGACUGGUAUUUAUGUUGCAUCUGGGUUUAUCCUUACCCCAAAAUUGUCCCUUUUUUUUGGCUACUGGGUGGAGUUAGGGGUGAUUUUACUUCUCAGGAGAUGAUCUGAUUUGUUUGAGUAGAUACUAAACAUGCAAUAUACAAUCAGUGUAGUGUUGGAGAAAUAUGAAGACGACUGAGCAUGUGGAUGGUGAAGAGGAACAAAACAAUCGCCAAUCAAGAAGUAAGCUGAAUGUAGAGGGGAGACAAUCAUGACUUAAAAGUGUAGUGUUUAAUAGACGUCAGAAAUUAAGACAAUCCAGUUAAUUAGAGGCAGCAACACAAGUGUUUACUGGAGUGUUCAGAUCAAAUCAAAGAGAGAGGAGUUCAAAAAAGGUUCCUCUCAUCAAAGAUGUACCAAAUAGCUAAGUAGCUAAGAACAUUAAGCUUGACAACCAUCCCAUCCUCCACCAUGUGUUUACUCUGAAGUCAUUUUUUGACUGUAAAAGAUGUUGUUAGAUUUCCAGCACAGAGAUUCUGGACUCUUGUAAUUGGGGAAAAAAUUUGUUAGUGUGUGCUGUGCUGUAUAAGUUAUGUCUCUGCUUUUUAUAAGAACAAAACUGUUCAUUUAAUCUGUCGUCAUUUAUGUCUGGACCCUCUCACAGUUUCAAAACCAGGCAAGAGUUUAAGAAUCUUUAGUGUGUGUGUAAGGCUUUAGUCAGGAAGCGAUUACAGUGCCAAAGCAAGGCUUUUUUUCUUGAAAACUAUAAGCUAUUUUGCUUCCUUUGCUACUCGCUGUUUUACUUAAAACAAAAAGCUCUUGUAAGGAACUUUUUCAUCGAUCUUCUGGCUCAUAUCUUGUUGCUGAACUUUAAGUAUUUGAAGUUGAAAAUAAACAAAAAGCAAUUUCUUUAGUGUCUUACAGGCAUUAGAGAACCCCAUAAUGUCAUUUUUAAGUGUCUCAGCUGUCUCUCAGCAAAGUUUUGAAUUCAGGUACAAAACUAUCACAACCUCAGUCUCUGUGGAGGAUCUGCAGCCUCUCAGUUUCUAAAUCCAUUGCCCCUGCAGUGAUCUGAGUGGACUGAGAUGCUAUGACAAUAAGAGGCUGUGCUAAUUGGCUGUCUGAAUGUUGCCUAAGUGGGGAGGACACAGACAAAUGCAGACGGAUGCAGAGGUGGGAAAACACCCAAAACAAAUGUGGCAAGUGCUCCAGAAGAACCAGUGCAUGACACAUGAAAUCAAGAACUAGUUACAACAGCAUCGCUGGGAGUGUUAGAUGAAAAUUACCAUUGUUCCUGUUUUCUUGCCUUUUUUGUGUAACUUUAUGUGGUCAACCCUCAUUGUUGAAGCAGUCUGAGGUGAAAUGGUUGCACCAAACAAAUAAAUGAGUGCAAACUGAAGCAUUUUUUUACUUAAAAAACAAUCACUGUUGCUUUUUGUUCUUCAGUGCUUGGACAAAUUGUGGACGCUUGUGUUGGCUUUUGCAACCAACAACAGAGCAGUUGGCGUGUCUGGUUCUAACCUUUGACUUCUUGACUCUGCAACGCAGAAGCAAAACCACAAGAGUGUAGGUGGGAGCAGAAACGCUCGAGGAGUAGGAGUGGGUGCACUUUUGCAUGUAUGCCCUUGCAAAUCACUCCUGUAGUUAUGUCACCACAGAAGCACAUCCAAUCUCCUUGUAGGAGCUGUUUCUCAGUAGGUGGGCAACAGAAACAAUGCAGAGGCUUUUUCUCUUCCACACUCUCUGGGUUUUUAUGCUGAAGGAUUACUCAGGAAUAAGAAUACUGUAUGUUUCUGCAAGGAGAAAAACAUUAAAAUACCAAAUCAUUUUGCUGAUGGUCUUUUUUGAUGAUUCGGGCAACUAAAAGGCAUUAUUUAUUAGGCUUUAUUUCAUUAACACAACGUAGCUCCAUGCAGUUUUUAAAGCUGAUGUAAAAAGGGUAAAAUGUGGGAGGAACAUCUCAGAAGUCAACUAGAGCCAAGCAGCAGUGCAAAGUAAUACAACAAACAGAAACCUGCUGCCAAAUCUUUUAAAUCUAAAAGGCGUUCUAAAAAUGUUGUUGUUUGUAUCACUCCUACGUUACACAAUCACUGUGCUGCAUAUCAAAAUGUAGAAGAAACAAUAUAAGCAUGCUGUAAAUUAAUAAUUGACUGUACUGUGAUGCAAACAUGAGAUGUAGUUCUGCAAAGAGGAUGCAGUCUGCAGGUAAAAUCUUUUUGGAUCCCUUCUCAAAAAGAGGAUUAUUCUGUGAACUGAUUCUCAUCAGCAAGACAAAUCUUCAAAGCAGCAAAUAUAAAAAUAAUCAGCAAGUUUCUCUCAUGUUUUCUACUGUACAUGUUGAGAACAUGAACACCCCCAGGCAUGAGUGGUCCCCUGAACUGCAACACAGUAUGGGGGCGUGCACGUCCACAUGCUGGUCUGCAGCUGUCAGGGUCUGUCCUGCUGAGUGAUCAAAGGCUUACUGUUGCUUUGAAAUUACCCUAGUUAACUCUAGGAAUGUGUAAUUUAGAGUAAUACACAUGUUUGUGUGUGUGUUUGUGUGUCCGUGUCUAUGUGUCUGUGUCACAGAACUGCUGGGAGGAGCAAUUACAGCUUCAACACUUGGUUAGGACCAGGCUGGAUUAUCAGUCUCUAUCUGAGGAGUUUAGAUUAGGCAGGGUGUGAUGUGUGUGUUGUAAGUCUACUUUCUAAUGUGAACAUUAAAACACAAUAACCAGAGAGCCUCAUAUUUUUUGACACAUCUAAAUGACUGCUCAUGUAAUGGCAUAGCAAACUGAAACUAAAUUUGGAGUUUGUUUGAUGAAAGAAUUUUUCCUAAACAUGUACAAAACUCAAACAGAGUGGCUAUGGAGGCUUGAUCAAAAUUUGAUGCCUCACCAUUUUGCACCAUAACUUAACUACUAGGCAAACACUAACAGCAUGUCCACCUGUCAGUCAAAUCGGCACUUGAAUAUCAUUCAUAAAAAUGGAAAAUCUGGAAAAGUCACCAUCUUAAAGUGCCACAAAUAAAGAAAUGAGAUACCGAAAUGGGAGACCGAAACUGCUUUUGUACCAGGCUGUAAACAUGUCCAACUACUAUAGAAAUGGACAUAUUAAUAUGGGCUGCAUGUGGUUUCUUUGACUUCAUUGCCAGUCUUAAGCAAACUGUCAAUGAAUUGCUUCAGAAGAAUUAUUAUCAGCUGGGCUGUCAGCUGAUAAGGAAUGGCACUAUUGGACUAAGGCCCAGCAUGGCAUUGUGGCGCUCUUGCCUGCUUGACUUGAGACUUUGCUAAAUUAUAAUGAAUUUUGCAUGGUCAUCCCAUCAUGAAUUUUGCAGACAGGCCCAACAGUAUUUUUUUAAGGUUUUAAGACUUUUGGUAGCAUUUUGCCUUGACCUGUCAACUAGUACACAAAGGAAGGAUAUGAUAUGGGAUAAAAAAGAUGACUGAUGGGUGCAACAGAUGUCUUCCUUAAGAAAAACAAACUGAAAAGGCCAUUGGGGCAAUCAACACCUCAAACACCGGUUCAUUUCAGUCAAAGUGUCUUAAAAAUGAGAACAGACUGCAGACAGUUUGGUAUCAGCUGCCUCACCUGCUGUUUUUCUGUCUUUUCAGGUAUGGAGGGGAUAGAGUGCUCCCUGCCUCUGGAUGGUCGUCAAGUUCCCCUCAGUUUGCUCUCUGAGGAAAGCUUCCGUGAGUGCCGCGGCACCCUCACCCUCACUGACUACCUCAUCGUCAUCUUCUCCGGCAUCUCUGUCUCAGUAGCAGCCAUCAUGGCCAGCUUCUUCCUCGCAUCCACAGUCCACUGCUUCCAGCGCCUCAGCAAAGGCAGCAAAGGAGAUGAGGAAGAAGGGAAUGACUGAUGGAGAAAGGAUUAAGGAAAAUGGAUUGUGCUAAAGCUCAAGGGUUGGAACCAGAACUCUUGCAUGGAGGUCCUGUUUUGGAUGAAAGAGAACUUGACAGUACAUGAAAGAAAGAAGAGGUCUCACAAGUCCUGGACUGGUUUGGGUGACAUUGGUUAGGCUUGAAUCACUGUGAACUGGUAUUGGUUUCACUGAAUGUAGCCAUUUCUAUGACUGUGUACACUGCUAAUAAUUGAGACGCUGGUCUGUGAGACUGUUUUUGUGAGAAACUGAAGAGCUGUAGCAAUUCAGACGUUUUUGCAAAAUGUAUUCAGUUACUAUCAUCAACACAGAUAUUUUAAAUGUAAACUAGAUAGAGGCAAUGGAGAAACUGACAUCCUGUAUGUGGGAAAUUCGUGUAAUUAACAAUAAGUACAAUCUUUGUUGGUGGUAGAACCACAGUUUAUCAUUGGCCAUGACCUUCAGAAGUAUUCACAGACCUGGGAGUAUAUGUAUCCAACAUGGAAAGGACCAGACAUAAACAGGGUUAGAUAGUAAAUCAGGUGAUAAUUUUGUUAAAUUAGACAAUCACACUCCCUAAGACAUGGUAGAUGGUGUUGGACCAAUCCAACUGUGUGCAAAAGAAAGCUUUGUACACAAGAAGGCCAAAGGACACUAUCAUGGAAGUUUUCAAAAUUGAGAAUAAGAGGAGAGAGAUACAAGUAUAGGCUUUUCAUAAGAAGCAUUAGUUGUCUUCCAUUAUAACACACCACACUAGGUAAAGCCAAUAAAUGGCCAACAUGUAGUCCGAUCUUUCCCAUACUGAAACCCAAGAUGGACUCUUGGUGUUCACAGUUGUAAACUACAGGUCUGUUAAAUUUUAGAAGUUUGGCUUCGACCAAGACCUCUACUGAGAGGGGCUUACUGUACCGCUGGUGGCGAAGUGCCUUGCCCAACAGCCGAUUGGUUGUUAAAAAAAAAGGUUAAGGAUUUAAAAGACUUGCAAAUGGGCUUUCUGGAAUAUCCAUAUAUUCAUUCUUCAGCUCAUAGCUUUUGUUUAACAUGAACUUUUUACUGAAAUAACUUCUUUUUGCACCUGUACAUACAUUCAGAUCUGGGCCAGGAGACUUUGCACACUGCUAGGGUGAGAUGUGGUAACUUAAGAGUUACUACCAGUAUACUGCAUUUGAUACCGGGGAGUCCUCUAUGUUGCUGGUUCACUGAUGUUUAUAGAUAUCUUAAGUUCUUACUCUUGAAAGUAAUGAUUCUUCCUGGCUGUGCAGACUCAUGAUGAAUCUGAGCAAUGAGAGCAAUAACAUUCCAGUACAGCUAAUGGUAGCAAAAAUAAUCUGGACUUUUUUUUUUUUCCUCACUGAGCCUUUCUUAUAAAAGCAACAAAUACCAGUUAAUGCCAACUCAGAGAGACAAUCUGCAGGGGGCAAGCACGCCUUACAUAGUACAAGAAUCUAGAUUCAAGCCAUAAAACCUGCUGAAGUGCUCAGAAGUAGCAGUAUAAUUUACGUCUUUUUGUUUUAACAGGUUACUGGCAGAGUCCCUCUUAUCAUUUGUCAAGGAACUAUUGGGGGGCCAACAUAAAUAAGGGCAGUCCUGGUACCACAAACCCAAUGUGUUCUGAUUCACAUGUCUGCCACAAUACAAGUCGUGAAGGGAGUUAUCAGUCUAACUGAAUCAACAUGCUUACAAGUCCUCUGUGGCCCGUGAGAAUCUGGUUCCUGCCUCUUGUCAAAGCUUUUGUGGGAGUUUAAGGGCACAUGGACACGCUGACAGAUUAUAAUACUAUAUCUGACAAAGGAGAUUAUUAUUUUGGAAUCUGGCUGCAGGGAUUUUCUCCGAUUCAGACAUAAGAGCAUUAGUGAGGUCCAACACUGAUACUUGUUGUGCUGACUCACAACACCCAGCCAACAGGUCCAAGUGGGGCCCUUGUGAACUCAUCGGGGUUACAUUGGGAAAAGAGUAGGUUUUUAAAGCAGUCAUGAUAGUAGGUUGGUCCUUGGGUCUGCCUAUAUGACUGGGAAAGGGCACCUAGUUUAGACCAAGAACAUGGAUACUGGAAGGCUCUCUAUGUAAUUCAGAUUCACAUGGGCCAUUUCUGUUGGACGACAAAGGCCUGUCAUCUUGGAUGGCCAAUAUCGUUAACUGAGGACCAAACUGUUGGCUGCUCCAGCGAGGAACAAGGUUGCUGAACAAAAGCCAGUCAAUAAGUGCAUUUCUGUGGGUGUAAGAAUCCCAUGUAGGAGCUUUGUUCUGGUUUUGAUCAAACGCUAGAUAUGGUGUUUGUAUGCUCACAGAGAAACCUGGUUAUUCAUAUCUCCUUGUACCCUGGUUCCUGAUUACUGCAUCUUAUUUGCGCAGUUGCCUAUGAUGUUGAUUUCUUUAAAAAAAAACAGCAUUUUCUUUCAUAGUUCUCCCCCUCUGAGCAUUUAGAUGAGACCACGGCAGCUACAGGAAUCACUGUUUGGUCUGUCCCCUCUGAACUAUUUGAGGUAGUGAAACAAAAUGACAUCCAUCAUGAAGUAUGACCUGCUCCCCUGAAGUUAUAAAGGGCUCAUUCUGAGGAAAUACACUAAUGAACACAAACUUUAUAACACCUCGUGUAUGCCAAGAUCUCUGAAGAUUUUAGCCCUUACACACUGAACCUUUAAUAAGAGCUUGGUGCUAGCCCAAACCAGGAAAUUAAGAGCCAAGUUUCCAAUAAAGAAUAGAGGCAGGUGUCUCAAAGCACUAAGCCAUAAAAUACAUUUUUUGCUAAUGGAGCCACAUAAAUCCAAAUUGUGCAGAUUUGAAGUUCUCAUCCAUGUUCUCGGUCAAAUAAAACAUAAUUAGAAGUCACUUGCAUAUCACUAAAUAUACAUAGAACACAGAGACUCUGGCAUCAUAUCGACUGUUUAAAGUCACUGUGAGGAGUUUUCAUGUUGUGUUGAUUCUGAUGACCUCUGCAUUUCCCAUGAGCACAUUGCAAUGACUAACAGCUUACAAAAGGUGACUGAACAUACCAGUAACAUGAAGCCUGAUUCAUACUUAUGCACUGAAUGGUUUUCAUUGCUUUCUACCUCUGCAGAAGUCUUUGUGUAAGGUCUGGCAUGCAACUCCUCAGAUCGCAAGGAAGCCCUGUGAUUUGCCCACAGGGUACCAUUGAAUUUCCCACUAUCCAUAUAUUCUUUCUUCUCUAAUGUCUCUGCUCAUGUCAUGUAUAAUGAACUCCAUCUCAUCAUUAUCAGCUCCAACUCUAAGAAAGUCAGUGUGUUCCAUUUGUUUUCAAUCUCCCUGUUUCCAGGUGCACAAACAAGCAGAGAAUGUAGCAUAAACUGGUGAUACAAUAGCACAGAAAUCACACUACCAACUUGCAUUUUGGCAGAGUACUGCUGAGAGACAUUGACAGUGAUGCUCAUGUCGGCAUAGGCCACCACAGUGUGCCAAAAGUAUGAGCCAAGCUUAAGAAUGACACUGUUUCACUCCCUGUUAAAAACUCCUCACAGUUACUUAAACAUGACCUGAUGUUACAAACGCACCUUCGGUUCACUGUCGGCGACCGUCAUUUUCCUUCUACUAGUUAGAGAAAUGCUUCAGAGAUGUGGCAUCAAUUGUAGCAAAGUAACUGCCAUCAUCCAGUAGUGCCUUAAGACGAUGAAGAGCCACUUUAUGUUGUUUCAGAGGAAAUCAUAGAUUAUAGUCCAAUCAAGUCAGUGUUCCAGCACUUUUUAUGAUCAUACGAAGAGAUUAUGAGAUGUACAAAUACUAUUUUAUGGACAUGUUGGGCUUUUAAAUAUUCCCUUCUAGAUAAAAAAAAAUAUUGAGUAGACUCACCUCUUGAAAUAAAUCCUCUACAAUUAAUUGAAGAGCAACAUACAUGUGCAUAAUCAGGAUAUCUAACUAUUGUCCAAGAAAAUUUCACAGAGAUUUUGUCAUGUGUUUCAAAUACUUAAGGAAAAAUCUGAAGAUUAUAUUUGAGUGAAUUUUGCUUUGUUGAGUUUCUUUUAAAAUAUGCAUUUUCCAGUCUGGGGGCUGACUCUGAGCCAAGAUCCAACACUGACCAUAGCCUCAGUAGCUUUGCAUUUCUUCCAAUCAGUGUCUCAAUGUGUAUUUGGUAAAUUUGCUCCAUACUGCCAAACAGAAGUUCAAGGUUUCAUCAACAAGCGACUAAUGUUACACAGUUAAUAUUGUGAUUAGAUUCAGUCUAAUUCUGUAACUCUUAAUGGAUAUAUCUGCAUGUGUGAGUAUUUUUAUGUUCAUUAAAUCUGUAUUAUUUUGUUCCAAUGUGGUGACAUCAGAAAGCUCAGUUUCUCUGUCUUUAUGACCGGAUAACACACCAUAACAUGGAAUAUUGUUUGCAUAUUUGUUGAUCUGAUCACCAAAAGACUAUUUUGCAGAUUUUCAUCUUUGUUUGUGGACUUCUGCCCUGAUUUUACCUAAUUUUGAAUGCCCAGUCUCAUCUCAAUAUCAAUCUUUUUCUCAGCAAACUUGUAUUGUCUCUUCUCUUGAAAGGCUUUGGGAAAACAAACCUCUGUGAAUGAGCAGUGAAUCAACAGCAGUGGUACUCUGUAAGUAUCAGUGUCGGUCAUACUCGAGGCGAUGAAUGCCAGGCAUGCAAAGACUCUCUGCCUCUCUGCGGACAAACUUUGUGUCCCAGUGUGCAAUUACUUGGGUGCCAACUAGAUUUGUAAUCUCUACUUUGAAAGGGCUUUAUGUGUUAUGAUCACUGAGAAUGAACGAGGAUUGUCAGGACUUUUCAGCGUGGAACAAGAGGUGUGGGUGACAGAGCAUAACAGAAAUUAUGUAAUAAAGUUAUUUUGCUUUGAAAUGUGAA